AUGGCGACGCUCGUGCGCGAGCGGCGACGCCUGUUCGUCGGCAACAAGUUCCUCUUCAUUGCGAACUUGACGAUCUCGGACCUGCUGUUCGGCGUCGUAAUGAUCUACAACAUGGUGACAGUGUUCUACGCCGAGCUGUCGUACGCGGGCUGCCUGAGUCUCUUCAUGCUCAUCGAGUUCGCUCUGCGUCUCUCCAAUCUGAGUCUGGUGUUGAUCGCAGUGGAUCAGUACGUUACGAUCGCGUAUGCGCUUCGCAGCGGGGAUAUACUGACGCCGACGCGCGUGUGGGGGGCGCUGGCGGCGCUCUGGGCGACGUUGGUCGUCGUCGCGCUGCUGCCGGCCGCCGGGUGGCGCGCGCGCGGCAACACGCGCUGCCUGCUGUUAAAGGUGCAUAGCCCCAGCUAUCUCCUCACCUUUGACGUUCUAUUGUUCUACGCGCCGGCCGUCGUCAUGACGACGAUGUACGCGCGCAUCUUCGCCAUCGCGCGGCGCCACCUGCGCGAGAUCGCCGCGCAGGAGCUGGUUGCCGCCGACGCCGGCGUCGCGUCGCGCGCGCGCAGCAUCCGCCGCGAAGUCAAGAUGAGCGUCACCAUCGUCAUCGUCAUCGUCGCGUUCGUCGCGAGCUGGGCACCGAUGAUCGUCAUACGCGACGUCGAGAGCGCCUGGCCCGACACCUACCGGAGCACCGACGUCUUUCUGCCGUACACGAUCGCCGCCUGCAAUAGCUUCUACAAUCCGUUCAUCUAUGUG